UACUGCAAUGGGGGAGACUUGGCGGACUAUUUGCAAGCGAACCGUCUGCUCAGUGAAAGUACCAUUCGACUGUUCCUGAGACAGCUGGCUGAGGCGAUGCGUGCUAUCCACGCUAAGGGUAUAGUGCAUCGAGACCUGAAGCCGCAGAACAUCCUUCUCACACACAACGUCGCUCCGCCACGCACUCCGCAUGCAUCGGAAAUAACCCUCAAAAUUGCUGAUUUCGGCUUCGCAAGGUUCCUUGAAGAAGGAAAUAUGGCCGUCACGCUGUGUGGUUCACCGAUGUAUAUGGCGCCAGAAGUAAUAAUGUCACUGAAGUAUGACGCCAAAGCAGAUCUCUGGAGUUUGGGCACGAUAGUGUACCAGUGUCUCACUGGCAAGGCUCCUUUCCAAGCCACCACACCACAUGAACUAAAAGCAUUCUACGAGAAUAGCGUCGACUUGCAGCCUAAAAUGCCAGCAGGCACAAGUCCUGAGCUCUGCAAUUUACUAAUCGGCCUGUUACGACGAAAUCCUCGCGAGCGAAUGCCCUUUGAGGCCUUCUUCAACCACGCUUUCUUGCAACGGCCACGGACCAGCUCCAUUAACAGAGUGAGCGUGACCCCUUCCGUGCCGGGGACGGGUGGGUCGGGCGCAGUGGGCUCGGCGGGCCCUAGUGCGGCGGCGCGACCUUCCUCAGCGCCGCGCAGCUCCAACCCACUACAAGCGCAGGCGCUACCCACUCUUCAGACGUACAAGAAAUCACAGCCGACAUCCUCCGCCGAGUCGUCAGACACGACCUGGGCGGGCGAGGACGACUUCGUGCUGGUAGAGGCGACGGAGAGCGGCUCGGCGGAGUACUCGGGCGCGUCGUCCGGCUCCGAGGCGGCGCCGCGGCCGCGCUCGCUGGCGCUGGCCGGCGCCGGCCCGCCGGCCGCCGCCGCCGCGCCCACGCCCAUCGCGCACGUCUACACUGCGCCCGCGCCGAUCACCGUCAAUAGGAAUCCACUCGCCGUAACAUCUAACAAUAACGUACCACGAUCACAACCCAUCGACGUGCUUCGAUCGAACUACAGCCGUAAUGCCACCAACAUCGGCUCUCUUUCACCACCCACUGUUCCGUUCACGAUGACGCCGCCGUCGACUCGGCGCCGCAGCAGUAACUCUGGCAGCUCGCCGCCUCCCUCGCUGUGGCAGGUCUCUCCCACCAACGCCAGCCCGCUGCGCAGAUCAGGGUCGUCUCCGCCAGUGUCACUGGCGCUGAAGGCGAGCGGCGAACUGACAGGCGGCGGUGGCGCCAGCUCACCCAAGCGGCAGGCGUUACCCGACGCAUUACUGCGCGGCAUCAAGCUACACCAGCCACCAGACCCGCCCGUCUACAUUCCCAACCUGCAGGAGGAGACCAUCCUUGCCGAGGAGCACAGCAAAGUAUUCUCUCAGCUGAACUUCGUAUUGAUGUUGGCGGAGCUCCUGUCGGACCUGGCCGUGUCGUGCGGCGCGCCCAUCGCCGCGCUCAUGGACGUCUCGGACGAGCGCUGCAACGCGCGCGUGCGGCUGGGGCUGCUGGUGCAGGCCAUGCAGGCGCUGGCGGCCGGCCUGCGCCUGGCCGCCGCGCACUACCGCGCGCGCACGCUGCAGCCCACGCCGCAAGUCAGGAACGUUGUAUCCCUCAUGAACGGAAAAUACAAGUGGAUUGUCAAUGAAUCGAGGAGGCUUCAUGAGGCCGGAGUUACUCCUGCUGUCUGCGACAAAAUUCUCUACGAGCAUGCGAUUGAACUGUGUCAAAUGGCGGCCAUCGAGGAGUUGUUUGGUGAUAUGAAGGAGUGCGAGCGCCGCUACAUGUCGGCGCAAGUAUUGCUGCACUCGCUCGUCCAGCGCCAUCCCUUGCAUCCGCAGCAUCGCACCACGCUCUCCAAGUACCGAGACGCCGUGCAACGACGACUGAACUGCCUCAAGGGGCCUCGUAAAAUAAUGGAUGUAAAACUUGAGGCCGGGAUCUCAUAAUGCAACGCGCAACUCAGGCGUAGGAGUAAGCGGACGUGAUGCAACAUGAAAAGUGAUUUUAUUUUGUUCUCAAAAAAUGACUCUGUGAGAAACAAAAUACUAUAUAAUCUAAAAAUGUAUAAAAAUAAAAAGUGAAUUAUCAAUUAAAAUCAUUGUAUACAAUCGUUUAGCAAUGAAGAAAAAUGAAUAUUACAAUAAAUCGCAAUAGUGAAUUAUAUUUUUUAUAUUCAGUACAUUUCACAAAGAAGUUCUUAGUAGAUAUUAUUAAAAUUAUGUUCUAUACCUUAUUUAGCAUGGCAAAACGCAAAACUAAAGUUAAAUAGAUACUUAUUUACCCACUAUGAAUUACAUCUAGUUUAGGAUGUCUGCUUACCUAAAUGAGGUAUAGUAAAAUGAAAAGAUGAUUCAAUAAACGCUUUGAAAUGAAUAUAAAUAUAAUAUUAUAUAGUUUCAUAGAUGUGUGUCUAGAAUUUCUUUAAAAUAAAAAUGGUUGUAUCAUUUAGUGAGGUUUGAAAUUUUAGUACUAAGCACUUUUCACUUAAGUAGCGAACUGUUCUACAUAAAUAUAAAUAAUAAGAAAUAUACGAGUUAUUUUUUCCAGUCAUCUACAUUUUAGUUAAAUAAAUAGGCAUAAGAUAGAAAACGUAGUAUUGUUUCGGAUUAAGCCUCAUUAACAUUUUAUUAUUACCAACUUGUAGUUGAUCACGUAAAAUGAAAAUUAUGAAGUAAUUAUGUCUCGGUAUAAAUAUAAUGCUAUAGAGAUCUCAUUGACGACCAAUAACAAUAUUAUGGCAUUUUUAGGCUAAGCUACGAAAUAUGAUUUGAAAGUAUUUUCCUUAUAAUGAAGAUUGUAUGAUUGAAUGAAUUUUAGUAUAUUUUACUCUCCUUGUUUAUUUUGCCCAUAUUGUGAUCCUGAAAUGUAUUUUCUCCUCUCAAAAUGUCUACUGCUUUACUGAAAUAAGAAUAAAGACUGUUGUAUUAUAAAAUUAAUUUGUUUUGUUUUAAUAAAAUCUUAUUUGUAACAUUA